AUAUCGGCGGCGGGGGGCAGCCGGGCAGCUGCAUCCAUAGCGCGCCGCGCGCCCCUCGUUUUUUUUCUUCUCCUUCUCGUGGACAAGAACACACGCACACACGGAAGAAGCUACUAGCUCUCAGCCUCGCUCGCUCGCAGAGUCGCCCUCUCGAUUCUCUCUCAGUCCAGCUCCAGCGUCCAGCCGCAGCAGCAGUCCCCUUCCCCCUCCUCCAUCAGGCGUUGCCUCCCGCAGAUCCGAAUUGGAAUUUGGGCCUUCGUCUCCACACCACCAAUCCGGAAAGGAAAGGAAAGGGAAGUGAUGGGGGAGUGCGAGGACGGCAAGGAGUACAGGUGCUGGGAGGAGCUGUUGCCGGACGCGCUGGGCCUCAUCUUCCGCAACCUGCCGCUGCAGGAGAUGCUCACCGUCGUGCCGCGGGUGUGCAAGUCCUGGGGGCGGGUGGUCGCCGGCCCCUACUGCUGGCAGGAGAUCGACAUCGAGGAGUGGAGCCAGCAGCAGAGCAAGCCGGACCAGAUCGGCCGCAUGGUCGAGCUACUCAUCGGCCGCAGCGGCGGCUCGUGCCGCCGGAUCAGCGUCUCCGGGCUGCCCUGCGAUCCGCUCUUCUCGUUCAUCGGAGACAACGCACGAGCCCUUCGGACGUUGGAGAUUCCCAGGAGUGAGAUCAGCGACUCGAUCGUAGAAACCGUGGCGCCGCGGCUAUCAAACGUCACUUUCCUAGACAUCAGCAGCUGCACCAAGAUCGGAGCCCGUGCCCUGGAGGCUUUCGGCAAGCACUGCAAGUCCCUGGUGGGGCUCCGGCGGGUGAUGCACCCGAUCGACCUGGUGGACAAGGUGUGCCAGCACGACGAGGCGCACGCCAUCGCGUGCAGCAUGCCCAAGCUCCGGCACCUGGAGAUGGGGUACAUGCUGAUCGCGACGGAGGCGGUGCUGGAGAUCCUGGGGCAGUGCCGCGACCUCAAGUUCCUGGACCUGCGCGGCUGCUGGACCGUGGACGACAAGUUCCUGCGGGAGCGCCACCCGGGGCUCCGCGUCCUGGGCCCGCGCGUCGACGACUGCUACGAGAACAGCUACUGGGAGGAGUGCUCCGACUACUCGGACGACUCCUCCAUCUACUCGUGGGAGUUCAUGGACGACGACUACUACGCCGUCGGAAGCGACGACGAGGCCAUCUGGGACGACGGGCAGGGACUGGAGAACCUCGAGGUGAGGUUCUACGGCGGCGGAUUCAGCGAGAGCUUCGCCGGCUUCGACUGGCCACCGUCGCCGUGAGACCUUCCGGGUUGCGUUGACCAUUUGCGGUUCUUGGCUGCUUCUACCGUGUGCGUGCGUGCGUGCGUGAGCCUUUGUGUGUUGUUCCCAAAGCUUUGCUUGCAGAUGUGUGUGCUGUGCUGCUGUAGUACUGUGCCUGCGACAUCACUCCAUCUCCCUCGAGCUUGCAGAUAUGUGAAGUGAACUGCUAAUUGUACAAUCUAGAUGUAAACUCCGGUGUUUACAUGAAGGAAAUCAGCAUGCUGCACCGGUGAGAUUUCACCGGUGCCAUCCCCCAUCCUACUAA